UUUUGUUCCUAAUGAACUGAAUUUAGUCUUAAUACUUGUUGGAAAGUCUGUGUGGGUAUUAACCUAAACAAACAUAAUGAACUACAACACUUAACAUUUUGACCUCUUACUCCUCAAUAUUAUUGUGAUGUAGAAAUGUUUCGUAAUCGAUACUUAAUACUAACACUCACCCUAUUUAAAAAAACCAUAUAUAUAUAUAUAUCAAGUGUUGUUCAUAUAAGUCAGUCUUAUUGUAUCCUUUAUGUUACCGUUUAUUCCUCAGCUUGGCAAAAUCUAUCGUUACUAGAUGAAACUAACAUCGAAAGUGAUGAUAAUCCUUAAGAAAUCAUAUCAUUAUAUAUAUAUAUAUAUAUAUAUAUAUAUAUAUGCUCAAUAGCGUAAAUAAAUCACGAAGAAAGAUCUUCAUCACCCUUAGUUCGAAAAAAGGAAAAAAAAUGCUUAGUAAUUUAAAAAAAAACAAUUUUGACAUGCCAAAUUUAACACUUCAGUUACAUCAAACAAACAAACAAUAACAACAAAAGAAAACACAACCUAAAUAUAAUGAGAAUCUUUAUGCGUAGGUGAUUAUCUUCCGAUUGGUUAUUGUUUGAAAUUAUAAUUUUGACAAGGAAUAGAAAUAAAGCAUUCAAAAAACACAAUGAAACAUCAAAUAGAUAAAUAGUUCCUUGACAAAAUAUUUACAAUUACGGAAGAAAUAUUUCCUCUAAAAUAUCACCUGGUACAUAUUUACUUAAUUUUGUUUUUAUUUGAAGUACAAUUUUUAAUAUACAAAACAAUAAUUCAAUAAAGGAAAUAAAACUACAAGAAGAAUGAAAAUUUAUUACAUUUUAUUAAUAGUUUUAUAUCUGUUUGUAUUAUCUACUGGACAUAUGGAUGAUGAUAUAUAUCAGUCAGAAAAUGGGCUAUAUCUUACAUAUCCUUACAUGUCAGAUGAUCACAUGAUAGAUAUUCUGGAUAGUAAAGCAAAACACUCUGCGUUUGGAACUAAACAAAAAUGGUAUCCAAAUGAUCUAGAAAAUUUAGAUAAGAACAAGGUGUUUUAUGUCCAUCGUAGACGAUUCACUCGUCCAUAUGGUCGAUAAACACAAACAGAAAUGAAUAAUAAGUGAAAAUCAAAUCAGAAAUUGUUCAUUAAUUCUUUCUUUUUUAUGAAAAAUGACGAAAUAUAUUAGUGGGUUUUCUGCAUAAAUUCAAUUGAAGAUGUGUAUUUAUUAUAAUGAAAUAAAAUGUUGAUUCAUUCGA